GCCCACUCCUUUCCCCGCCUGUAACAACAGCCGAAGGCGGAAGCGUUCUGCAAUGUCAGGCGCCCCGGCGAGCGCGGAGCGGCGCGCCCUGCGCUGGCUGCGGCGGGGAUGCGGGGUUCUGGCGCACCUCGCCGCGCUGAGCACCACCGCGCUGCUGCUGCUGCUCUCCAGGCCCGGCACCAGCUUGUUUUCCUGGCACCCUGCGUUCAUGUCAAUAGCAUUCUGCCUGUGCCUGACGGAAGCCAUCCUGAUCUUCUCGCCGGAGGGCCUCCUCUUCUGCUCCUGCUCCCACAAAAUGAAAGUGCAGCUGCACUGGACUGCCCAGAUGCUGGCCUUUGUGGCUGCCACACUGGGCUUGGCCUUCAUUGUCUCCAGCAAGAACCGGAGUGAGCUUCCACACUUGGUCUCCUGGCACAGUGUUCUGGGCCUCCUGACUCUCCUGGCAGCUUGUGGGCAGGUCUUGUCUGGAUUCUGCCUUCGCUUUCCUUGGUUGCUGAGGAUCUCGUCCGUGGGUCGCCUCCGGCUCGUCCACAUGAUGUACGGACUGAUCGUUUAUCUGCUAGCCACCUUCACUGUGGCCCUGGGCAUUUAUUCUGACUGGUUUCAGGCCCAGAUUAAAGGGGUGGCUUGGUACUUCUGCCUGGGGUUGCCUUUCUGUCCGGCUUUGGUUAUCGUGAAACAGAUUACUAGAACUCGUAAGAAGAGACAGUACAUUUGAGUCUUGGGUCUCAUCAAAAACCCCUGGAAUCAAUAUCUCAUCCCCAUUGUUUUCUCCUCUCCUUAGUAUUUAUAAACAGCUGAAUUUAGCCUUCUGUUGACACCUGCUUCUGUGUUUUGUGUGCUGUGCCAUGUUUUGUCAAAGUGACGUUUUGUUUUGUUUUGUUUUAGGUCAAGUACAUGCUAAUACUAGAACUCCAGCAUUCUGGAAAUAUGCUGAUUCAAUUUUCCAGCUCAUUGAUCAGGUAGACUCAAGUGCUUGGCUAAGCUUCAUGCUUGAAUGUAGGGUGCUUUUCGAGAAAACAGGAUCAACAACUUGCUGUCUGCAUGUUUCCAGUAGGACCUCAAUGACUACUGUGUCUUCAAAAAUAGUUACACAGAAGCAAUGGGGUUGGUUUAGAGCAAUGUUUCACAGUUUCUUGUGUUUCUUAGAUUCUGAAAUGCUUCAGUAAUUAGAUGUGUAGCCACCCACAAGCUAGGAACUUCAUGAGUUAUACUCACCUGGUUUCUGUGCUUCUGGAAUUGUUCUUCCUUCACCUGUCCAGUGCCUGCCUCUCCUCAUGGUGCUUCACUCCCCCAGCAGUUCCUUCUUUCUUCUUAGAAUCAUAGAAUUGUAGAGUUGGAAGGGACACCAAGGGUCAUCUAGUCCAUCCUCCUCCUCCUCCUCCUCCUCCUCCUCCUCCUCCUCCUUCUUCCUUACACCACCUUUUCCCCUGACGGGUUUACUGAUAAAAAAUAGGAGGGGGGAAUCAUUAAAAACUGAAAGAAAUAAAACAAUAAACAUAUAUAAAAUAUAUUAAAGCCAUACAAAUAAUUACAUAACAACAGCAGCAUCAGCAGCAGCAUGGCACCACCCCUUUCAUUAAAAGAAGUCAGUUCCCCAAAGCCUGUUGGAACAAGAAAGUAUUCAUCUGCUGGUGGAAUGACAAGGAUGAGGCCAAUCUAGCUUCUUGCGGGGUGGGGGUGGGGAGUUUCAAAGUCUGGGAGCAGCCACUGGGAAGACUCUCUUCUGUGUCCCUACGAAGUUCGUCCUGGAGGGUGAUGGGACCAAGAGAAGGGCCUCCCUCGAAGAUCUCAAAACCCAGCCAGGCUCCCAGAGUGGCUUAAAUAUGAUCCAUUAAAACAAGAGUGUGUCCCUGCUGCUUUGACGCUGCCUCGCAGGCUUACAAUCUUAAAAAGAAUAUGCCAUGCCACACAAGGGGAUAAAAAGGAUGUGGAAGGAAGGGGGCGGGGAAUCAAACUCAGGCACUAGUUCUUAAAAUGACUCGCUGGUGCAGUUCAAGACGAGGAGGUGCCUGGGGGAGCUUGACUUUCAGCAGAGCUGAUGGAACGAGCUUUGCCUCCCAUCACUCCCACUGAGCGCUCUUAGACCUUGUUGCUUAAGCAGCUCAAGUGGCAGAUAGCUUGGACCUCAGCUGGGUAGGGCUUUAUAGGUCAUCUCCCACACGUUGAAUUGUCCCUGGAAGCAGACCCACCUUAUUUCUGUGAUCAUAAGGUGUUUCAAAUUGUUUUUAAAGUUUUAAUUGUAACCUGCCCUGGAACCUAAGGGCGAAGGCUGGGUUGCUGUUAUUCUUAAGGAAUGAUUUGUGUGUUGUGUUAUAGAAGUCAGAGGUCACUGCUUCACUGGAACACGAAAGAGCAAGGUUAAGUGGUUAGCCCCAAAUCAGUCAGUGAAUCAAUAGAGAAAGUGGAAAUAUUUUGAAUACCUCUAAGCAUAUGCAGGGCAGCCUCCCCCUGCUGGGAACUGAGAAGCAGCACAGACUGGCUGCAUGGAUUAGUGGCAGGCAACAAAUCACAGAAUCACAGAGUUGGAAGGGACCACGAGGGUCAUCUAGCCAAACCCCCUGCAAAUGCAGGAAUCUUUUGCCCAGUGUGGGGCUUGAACUCACAACCCUGAGAUUAAGAGUCUCAUGCUCUACUGACUGAGCUGCCCAAGACCCUGGAAAGCUGAUGUCAGUCAGAGUAGAUAAGUUAGUCUGAGCUGGAGCUAGCUGGACAAAUAACCUGACUUGGUAUAAGGCAACUUCCUCUAUCCCUAUACAGUACUUACAGUAAUGGCAUAUCUCACACUCGGCUUAAUGUACCACCUCUGUUGAUAGUGAGCUAUAUAGGGAGAAAACAUGCAUUCUGUUCUCUGGUGCACAACAACCCACUCUUCACCUCUCUCCCCACCCCAUUUGCUUUCAUCACAAAAACAGGUUUUUUAAAUCCACCAUUUCCCAUUUCUUGUAAUAACUAAGCUCUCCCUCAAAAGUAGCCCUGAGCAUGUGUUGAAUACCCAUCGCUCGACACUGAACAUAAAUUUCCUGCUCUCCAAGGAUUUAUUCAUGUUGAUGAUGAUUUAGAUUUCUUACCUGCCCUUCAGGUGCUUUUGCCUGGCUAGAAUGUGCCUUUGAACGGUGUCAGUGCCUCUUGCUUUCCUGGAUGCAGAGAUGGGAUGGUGGGAGUGCAGAAACCCCUGUUGUUUGCAUAGCUGGAAUGUAGUCUACUGUAUGAAGUUGCACCGGUAGGUUGACCAACUUUUGGACCAAUCAAAUUUAUUGGACCUGCCCACCAUUAGCAUGUGGCCACCAGAAACUUGUCCAUGAGGCAAUGCAGUCCUUUGGGUGAAUAGGCUUCCUCAUCCCAAGUGUGCAGUUUAGCUAACGGAAUCUAUAAUAGCCUCCGCUUCUGUCUUGGGGUCAGUUAAGAAAAUUCCCCAGGGGUUGGUUAGACAAAUUCUGGAGCUGCAUAGUUUCCCUCCGUGGCUCAGAAGUGUUGUUGAGAUUUCCCCUUUGAUCACUAGUGCCUUUAAAAGGCCUUGGAGUUUUUGCUACGCUCUACGUAAGCAGCUAUUGCUACCCAGGCUACAGUCUGUGUUAUCACAUGUGGAACAAGAACUUUUUGCAUUUAAAGGAACUAUUAGUAGGGUGCUACUUUCUUAGGUUUCUUGACUUGACUCACAGGUAAGCAGCUGGAACUAGGCUUUUAUAGACAAUCUUACUCAGCUACGAGUGAUCGCCAAAGCAGAAGAAGAAUUAGAAUUCAUGGUUGAGGUUUGGGAAUAUGCACUUGCUGCCAGGAUUUGCAGUUUGGGGAAUUCUUUGUGGUAGAAUUGGACUAAGUACGGUAAGUAAAAUUUUGUAGCCAGGAAGAAACCUUUACUAGGGUGGUCUUCAUCUUGUAGCAGGUUUCCAGAUGAGAAACUGGUGGUUUGAAUAAGAAGCUGUGUGGAAACGGGAAAAAAAGUAAAAUUCAAAUCUAGCUUUUAGUUACAGGAUAUAGGUUUUCUAUGCACAUUCACAAGCCAAAUAAAACACAGGUAAUCAUAUUCUAAGGCUAGCAUACUGCUUUAUUAUAUGAUCAAUAUUUUGCACAAUAAAUUUGUUUCUAUCUUGUUUAAAAGCUAUCUUGUUCUAGGUUUUUUCCCCUUAAGGGUCAUGUAUACCUUACAGGAAUGUCAUAUUUUCUCAGCACUAAACAACAAUGUUUUGCAACUUGUUUCAUCAGGUAAUCAGCAUGUAAUGGUGGCAGGGAGCACAGCUCUGGGACUUUUUUCAGGGCAGGAGUGAUGAUGUCAUCUGCUGGAGUGCCAGGGUAAUUGACAGACCCUCCUUGCUGUGAUCAGUGAAUGAGCUAGGGCUUCUCCACACUUACUUUUCCUUCAUACUUUCCAGGCAUGGUCCACGCUUUAAACCUCCAUGUCAGAACACUCUUCUUUUUUCUUUGGAGCUUUCCCCACAAAAUCCUGCUCUUUGCUGCUGAAUUGGAGCAAACAGCAAUCUGUGGGAAAUCAUUUGUUGUGUUUCAGCUUUAAUGAGCGGGUUUCCAUGGGGGAAGCUCCAGGGUGAAAAAAGAGCACUUGGGCAGAGCUUUAAAGUGCAGACCUGUGUCUGGAAAGCACGGGGCAAAGGCCAAGUGUGGAUAAGCCCAUAGUCUUAAAGUCCUCUUUAGCUGGUGGUGUGUAUUACUUCACGCACUCCCUUCCAGAUGUGGUAAGCCAGCCCUGCUGCAUUUCAGGGCCAUUCUGAUUCAUUCUGCUGAGUGGGGCUCUGAACCUCUGCCCCAAAGUCUUUCCCUGAUGAACCUGCGCUCUCUCUCUCUCUGCUGCAUUUAAGACACUCCUUGGGGCUGUUGUUAUGAGCCUAUUAUGACGAGCUUCUGCUCUUCAGACGUCACCACCACAUCACUGUAGGCAGUGCUUCCUUUGCUAUGGAAGUGAUCUGGGUGAUUGUCUGAGUGAUCUGGGUCACUGCUGGACAGUGUCUAUAACUUUGCUAGUGAUGGACAGUACUAGAUCUUGCUGAACCAGCAACAAAGUUCAGCCACCGCUGGCAUUAGGUUGGUAGGACUCUGGAAAUGGAAAAAGGAGUAGCUCCUCUGAUUAUAGAUGUUUGAGCUGAAACCCUAAUUCACUCUCCUUUAGCAGCACAGUAACUAAAAUGGGUAAGGAUUACAGGUGAACUAGAGCAGAAAGAAAACACUUUCCACGUAUUCAUUCCCCUUCUGCUCGCUCUGCAUAGUAAUGUUGACACCAGGGUAUCUUAUUUCUCACACCAGGGGCUCUUUCCUAUCUAUCUCUGAUUUGCACAUUUGCUUCUGAUAUUUAUCUUUUGCAGCUCGCUGCUUCACACUUUCAUUUAGCUGCCAUAACUGUUCUUUGGGAAAAGAAUGCUCUAUCGUUUUAUCCUAUCGGCAUUUUUAGCCUGUAACGGCGAUGGUUUUUGUAUCGAAUUUCGAGAGAGUGCUCUGAAACAACUAAGUUGACAAGUCCUACUGAGGACCAAGUCAGUCACAUGUGUAACCUCCUUGGCACACAUUUCAGGUGUGCAGGUGUGUAUGAAAUAUGCAUGCAUUCAGGUUUGCAGAAAGGAGUAUGUGUGCGUACAGUUAUCUUUUUUUAUAAAUGAGCCCUUGGAGCUGUGGUUGAAAUCCUAAACAAACUGAACCUUGGAACAACAAGUUUGUGUUCUUUGUAGACAUGUAUAGGAUUGCCUUGUGAACUUGACCAAUCUAGAUGGACCAUCUAAGAAGGAAUAGAUUUCAUAUGAGGAUGCAAAGAAUACCACAUGGAUUGG